AUGAGUAACUCGGUCAGUGAGAAGAAGGCCAAACAAAAGCCGUUGAAGGACAUGGACUGGUGUAUUGAACAUGGCGAACGUCUUACAAUGCCAUUCUUUCAACAACUGUCCAGUGCUGCUCACUUGUGCAAUGAUUUUGAGCAAUGGAGGGUCAGCGCACCGGAGGCGCAGUUCUGGGCAGAACAAGAUCUGCCGCGGCUAUUCUCGCGUGGCAAUUUCUACCUGGGUAGACGACAAUUUACGAAGCGCCACUUACCUCUCGUCCACAGUCGGCGCCAUCCUCCUCGAAAAACACUGAGGGAGACUUUCCUUGCAGAAUUCGGUCUCAUCACUAGUUGCGAUGGCGAACUUGACGAGCUGGCAUACAUCGGAUCGGAUUCGGACCUGAAAAGCAAUGCAUUCGAUCUACGUCUUCGCGGAUUUAAGGCGUCCAUUACGCGUCAAUUCGGGUCCCCCGAAAUCCAUCCCAUAAUCAUUAACCAGCUGAAGCUUUUCCGCCACUUGCCGCAACCUAGUCAAGUGCAAUAUCCUGGCGUUUCAAAAGCUCAAUAUACCAGCAUUGAUAUGCCUCCUUGCUGGGUCGGCCAAGCUGCUGCUAUCCUCGCAGGACCUGCCGUACGAUUGGCCUCGCUCCCAGAACCGCCCCGAGUUUAUCUGACCGCCUUGAAAAAGGGUCUGAAUCCCUUCAACCUGUGGAAAAAGAAGGAUGAACACCGAUACUUGGCGCAACGCAGUGGGAACCCUUAUACCUUUAUUGGUUGGCGGUACCUUAGCAAACACUGGCGAGGCCACGUUUCUUCCAUGGUGUCCUUACGCCGCUCCUCGGCGCUACCUUUAAAAUCCUCCGUCGCGUUACUUUAUACCUAUUCAUAA